UACUACACUCACUAAUAAUAUUAUUCAUUCUAGUGAAAAUUAAACGCAGUUUCUGUAAGACAUUUGUGUCGAUCUGAUGUUAUAUCAAGUAAUGUUAUAAUGCCUACGAUUUUAGUGUAUUGUUCUUUAGCACUGUUGUUGUUUCAUUUAGAAUAUGUAUAUUGUGACAAAAGGUUCUAUGUUGACUAUGAAAAAAAUGAAUUUAUUAAAGACGGAAAUGUAUUUCGAUAUGUUUCGGGAUCACUGCAUUACUUUCGAGUGCCCAGACCUUAUUGGAGAGAUCGUAUACACAAAAUGAAAUCUGCUGGCCUAAAUACUAUAUCGUUUUUGUAUUAUAAUACUGUCAUCAUCUUCUUCGAUGACUUCUUCAAUGUCACUUGA